UAUUGUAUUUUCUUUUCUCGUAAUCGUCGCUCGAAUAAAUGACACGCAAUAGCGAGGAACCAAUAAAAAACGACGCGCAAAUCCAGGAGUUUGUAAAUCAAGUGCAUAACAUACGAACGUUAUAGUGUAAUUUGACUCUUUCAUUUGGUAAAAUCGCUAAGUUGUAGAAGUGAUGUGUAGCGCGUAAAAUUGAUUGUUUUGAUGUCGCAGGAAGGCAUGACCACGGCGUGACUUCCAUGCCCUGCGUUCCUACGGAAGGGCGUGCGGAUUACGUUUACUAUGAAUGAUUUUAUCUCUUUCUAAACUCGCGUAUCUGUGAAUGACCGAGUGUAAUAGCGAGCGUACAAAAUUAUGGAUUGAAAAGCGUUUGUUAUUGUAUUUCGGUUCGCACCGCAUUGCUGCGGACUUAUCGGCUGUUAUCUUGUUCGCGAAUCGGUGUGGUGUUAACAUUUAGCAGUGUAGCACGGGCGGUCAUAUGGCGCCCACAGGACUCGGCCGAAUUAGUUACGCCGUUCGGUUCGACGAGUUUACUAUUUACGCACUAUUGCAAAGAGAUAGUACGUAUUUUUAGUCGCGUCGACGGUAUAGACUACAGAUACAGUGACUUUCAUCAUAGUGCGUAAACAACUUCAAGGUUAUCCGUCGUGUUUGUGCCAGGGCUGAUGCGGAGGCGCUGAGAUGGCGGCGAGCUCCGAGGGAGGCGCCGUGGUGCGCCAGGGCCACCUCUACAAGUUGAAGACUAUGAAGAAGAAAUACUUUGUUUUGCGCGCGGAAACUGCGGAAAAUUCCGCGCGGCUCGAGUACUACGAGUCAGAGAAGAAGUUCCGUUCGGGGUCGAACCCUCGUCGAGUUUUGCCCCUGAAGAGUUGCUACAACAUAACCCGAAGGUUGGACUUGAAGCAGAAGCAUGUGAUAGCCCUGUUCACUAAGGAGGAACAGCUGUGUAUAGUGGCGGACAAUGAAGUGGACCUGCACUCGUGGCUGACUGCCAUCCUGAAGCAGUUCCGUUCUGAUGACACCAGCGAGGAGUUACUUCAUCCCAUACAACACGUAUGGCAAGUGAACGUGCAGAAGAAAGGCCUUGGAGCCUCGAAGAACAUCCAGGGUCUGUACAACCUGUGCCUCACGGACAAGACGCUGACCCUGGUCAAGAUCAAGAGCCACAAUAACUUCAUCUGCGACCUGGGCAUACCCGAGCGCGUGGAGUACUCCCUAAAGCAUAUUAGACGGUGCGGCGACUCGGAGUGCUUUUUCUACAUGGAGGUGGGGCGGCAGACGACGACGGGCGCGGGCGAGUUGUGGAUGCACUCUGAGGACUCCAACAUAGCACAGAGCAUGCACUCUACUAUUCUACUUGCAAUGAAGAACUGCGCGAAAGAGAAUGAAAACGAACGGGAUCACAUAGUGCUACCCGCGAAGUUAUUGGACGGAUCCCACCCGCUGCCCGCAAGGCGACAGACCUACUCCGACGGCCGCGGCCGCGCCGGUCUCUACAAUGAGAAGGGCCUGUGUAUGGGCGCUUGUAUCAGGCAAUGCGUCUGUUCGGCCACGCGGUCCAUUGACGACUCGUCGGCGGCCAUCGCGCCCCUCACGCCGAGGCACGCCGAAAACCAACCGCCGAAUAACACACUAACGAAUGACAAAAACGAUCAUGCCACGAGAGUGAUCAAACACCACCGAACCGUCUCCCUACCCACCGGCUGUUCUUUAUUUCAAGAGCCCUUGAAGAUCCACCACGGGAGGACGUACUCCGCCCCUCUCACGGGGGACGAGUUAGAUAGAGCUAUUUUAGAGAAAACGGUGAUGCAUUCGUCGUGUAAAGCCGUCAAUGGAAUGGAUUUCUCGUCGAAGAAAACGCCGUGGUGUCGCCGCGCGAGCACCGGCGCGAGGUUGUCCAAACUGUCGCCGGCGCAUACGAAGACAGAUUCGGGCACACUGCGCAAGCGCUGUGAGACCAUGCCGUCGAGAGCGCCCUCCUUCGAGACUGACCGACCGCCCUCAAGGGACAUUGAACUUGAUGGUAUGGACUCAUCGCGGGACGACAUCGAUUCGAUGACUGAAUGGUACCGCACGCCGCGAAUACCGGAAGAGCCAGACUGUUGCGAUGGCAUGUCCAAGGACUUUAUGAGCUUAAAUUUUGUCAGCAUGACGACGCGAGGGAGCUCCAUAGCGCACUCGCGGACCUCGUCCAUGGGCGCCGACGAGCCCGACGCCGUGGAGGCGGCCGUGCCCGACGGCUACCUGCCCAUGGCGCCGGGCCACGAGCCCUUCGGACUGGUGUCGUCCAGCGGCUCCGUGUGCAGCGGCACGCCCUCCACUGACCCGCGCUUCAGCGAGUACCAGUUGGAGCCCGCGAUGUCGCACAUAUCAGAGGAGCGGUCGACGCGGGCCUACAGCGUGGGCUCCCGGCCGUCCAGCUCCCGCGUGGAACCGGCGCGACUUCGCGCGUACAGUGCGGGCGCGCGACGUCGCCCCGUGCUGCCCGUCGCGCCGCUGCCCGCGCCCGCGCCGCGAGCUUCGGCUGAUGACUUGAUGGAGCUAGACUUCUCCUCCAACUCGCCCGCGCCCAAGGUGAUAGUGGCGCGGACACCGCCGGCAGCGGGUUUUAUGGAGCCCAAGCGGCCCAACAUUGACGAGUACGUUGACAUGUCGCCGCGCAACGCGACCGCGAACGCGACGGCGACAGCGACGGCCGGCUACGUGGAGAUGCGGCCCGGCGACCUGCCGCCACCCUCCCCCGCCUCCACGCCCGACGGUUAUGUGGAGAUGACGUGUGGACGCGCGCCCACCCGACCCAUAGCGAUAUCCACACCCAGACAGCCCCCGCCACAAGUUGCGAGCUCCCCUGACGACAGAAGAAGAAGACGAGAGCCGCGAACGCAUCACGGCUCCCAAACCCUCUUCCACAUGUCCCCUUCUUCCCCUCCGGAAACCGAUAUAACCGAUAUGGAGGACGACCACCACUACUUGACGACCGUGCGGGAACUAUCGGAAGACGGACGAAAAAGUCCGGAAAGCCGGGCGGAUUCCGGCGAAAUUUCCUCUUCCCCGCAGUACGUCAAGCUGGCGAGAGGCCUCCCAAUUGGCAGUAUAACGCCAGAACCUGAAGAACUUCCCAACAAUCCUACCGCCACGAAGACUAUCAUGAGGCAGGAGGAUAUAAGAGGUCCAGACAGUGCAGUGGCGGGUGCCCUACCCACCGGAGUGGCGGGUGGCUUACACUACGCAGCGUUGGACCUGGAACCGCGCUGUAUGCCCGCCGCGCCCGAACACCGCACAUAUACCCAGAUAGACUUCACACGCAGCGAGAAAUUCGCGCCCGACGCGACCUAGCCGACAUAGCCUUUAGAUUAUUUUAAGAGAUAUCAGCCUCGCGGCCUCGCUCCGGGCCGGCGGGGCGCUUCAGCGGUGACGUAGCGACGUACACAAUACAUACUCAUACUCUAUACGGUCGUAUCUAUAAUACUGUAUUGCUCGACCCACGGAAAUGUAACUAACAGCCGAAACUCAUGGUUAAAUCUAUUUCUCAUCUGUCGAUAAGUCACUUACAGUUCGUAUCACGUAAGAGCGUUUGUGCACUCAUUCGUGUUCGUUUUUGUACAAAAUACGAUUGCCGUUUCGACCUUUCGCGUACUUAUACAUUUUGUGUAACUGCGGAUCGUACCAAAACGAAUACGAAUAAGUGCACAAGCGCCCUAAGAUUGCCGCUCUGUAGUAGAUUGACUGCACAACAGCGUAGGCUUGGCCCAUAGGAAACUGCUAUAUAAUAAACUGUUAAGUCCACUCUAACACUGCCAUUUAGUUUUAUUUUCCUAGCUUUAAAAUUAACUAUAGUCUAUCCGCGGAAAGAAGUUAGUAUAGCGCUCUCUCUGUCACGCAAUCCCAUACA